UUUGUGAACAGGAAGAGAGCAGCAGGUGCCACAGGAAGCUGUUAGCUCUGUGAGGAGUAAAGAAGAAGCUAUCGGCUUUUACCUGCAUCAAACCAACUCAUCAAAUACAUAAAAAGCACACAGCAACAUUAGAUUUGCAGAUUUUCUUUCGUCGCCAGCUAAAAUGAGCGCUGCCGUACCCAACCAUCGAAGGACCAAACCCGGAGGCAUAAAGCCUGGAGCUGCGAACAGCGGCGUGACCGGACCCACCUCCCAGAUUCCCGGCCUCUGCCAGACCGCCACCGAGAGCGCGGCGGUGGAGAGGGUCAGCGGGCGGCGAGUGGGGAUAUUUGAGACCGACUCGGACUACGUCAAGCUGGCGAAGCAGGGAGGACACAAAGGCCUAUUGAGUCACGACGUUGAUGACGAUGACGCGCCGAAGAAAGCCUACAACCCGCCCAACUGGUUCGGAGGGGAUGAGUCAAAGAGCGGGAGCAAAGCCUCGUCUCCUGACAGCCAGAUGAAGGCGGGCAGGCGGCCUCUGGCUGCUCCCUUUGGCACUGAUAACAAUUCCUCCUGGGAAAGAGAGACUGAUAGUUUUUCCCAUGGUAAAGAGAAGAUGUCUCCAGAUGAUGCAGCUGUGCCUAUGGAGGGUCUGUCCAUGAACAACAAGUAUAAGAGAAUAUCCUACGAUAAGAAAGCUCCUCCGGUCAGCAUGUCCAAGCUGCUCAGUCACGGCUAUAUGGAGGAGAAGAAGAAGUCUGGAAACGACGACGAUACUUCAAGCGUGACGUCAGAACAGACCAGCACCGUCAUGACGGAGGAUGUGGACGAUCUGGAUUAGUUUGCUCAGGUUCUGCUUAGCAGGAACAAUGGGGCUGUUCUUUAAGGUUCUUUUCCCCCCCGAUACGGUGCGAACACAACUCUGCACCCUUUUACGUUUUACUCAUGUUUAUUGUAAAUCCACUGACUGUUAGGUUUUGUACUCAUGUUUAUGCAAAGGUACUGUCUUUAUUUAUUGCUUUAAUUUGUAUAGAAGGAAGAAGGAGAAGAAGAAAGGUGCGUUUCUGAGUAGUGUAGUCAGUGUUGGUGACUUUUUGAGUUUUGUUUCUGUGCUCGAUUUGAAAGCAGGGCUGGAAUCAAACAUCUGCCGGUUUUUACCUCUGAGCCUCGUUGCUGUCCGCCCUGGACGUAUGAAGAUCGACUUGGUGACGUUUAAAUGUUUGUGCUGAUGAUUCGUGGUUCCAGUGACGUGAAGUAUUAUUUGCUCGGCUCGGCGUGUUUUUAAAAAAAAUUAUUAUUAUUAUUUUCCGGCCGAGGCGACGCAUAUGAUCAUCUGUCGAGACGGCAACCCCGCAGCUGCGAUCACAUGACGAAGUGAAAACUGACGGCCAGAGUCGCUGAGGUUUGUUUGGGUAAAAAGGAGCCAGACACUUUUAUUUAUUUCUUUCCUUUGAUCGUACUAAUUAUUCAGUUUUUAAGCUUCCUAAAUUAAUAAUUGUAUGGCCUCACUGCUGUGUUUACCUGCCAAAAUAGUAGGAAUAAAUCAGACCAAGCUGAAGUAACAGGCUUUAGCUGCUUUAGUGCAAAAGUGCCAAGCUUGUUUCGCUGUGAAAUCACAACAUUCCCCUUUAGCCACGACUAAACGUAGAUGUGCUGUACACAACAAAUUCUGCAAGUUAAAUCAACACUAUGCUGAGUAUAUGGUCCUUAUCAGAAUAGUGUUAAUUUAACUAUUUUCAGAGUUAUUUCAAAAAUAGUUUGAGUAGUUCUAACUUUUUCAAGUGUUAAAAUGACUUAAUUUCUUGUUGAAAUAACUCUGAAAAGAGCUAAAUUAACACCAAUUCUGAUAAGGACCACAUAGACUCGGCAUAGUGUUGAUUUAACUUGCAGAAUUUGUUGUGUAAGAUUUUAACUAAAGACACUUGAAUUUUGAACCUUUUUCGUUUUUGCAUUCCCUGUCUGAAAAAUCUCUAAAUCUACAGUAAAAUCGUCUUAAAAGGUUUAAAAUUGCUAUGCGACUUCAAAAAAAUCUUGACACCUUGUCGUUUCUGCUUCUCUUUGAGACGAAUCCUUCAAAUCAGCAGAACAGAGGAGUGAGCAAAGCGAUUAGGAACUGGCUGAAAUGUUCCUGGAAGGUGGAGCAAAGUGAUCUCAAAGUGCUGCAGCAGACAAUGGAGAUCUGCUGUUCCUUCUCUUUUUGUUCCAUUUCUUUGACUGCCAGGAUGUCCGGAGGUAAUGCGUCCCUGUCUCGCUUUAUAAAUGCCUUCAGUCACCUCAUAGUUGUCAUUUUAAGGCAUAACUGAGCUGGGAGUUACAUCGUGAUCCUUAAAAACAGAAUAAAUCCAACUAAUUAGUCACAGAAACUCCUACAAGAAAUGUUGAACUUUUACUGCUAAAUAUAUUUUAUCUGUAAGUGUUAAAUGUCGACACUGGGUUUUACUUUGCAGUGUGAGGAACGGAGAAUGUAUCAUGUUCUGAUCUUUCCUUUUGAAGUACGGGUUUAUUAUUUAUGAACUGUUAAAUAUUCAGGUAAACAGCGUUCUGUCGUGUUUUUCAGUUUACAAAGAAGCAGUAGGAACCUUUAGUGGCUUAAAAUCUCUUUUCGCUUUUUCUUGUCAAAUCUUAAGGUGGUUUUGAAAAAUGCAAAUAUGCCAACUGAGACAGAAGAAGGUUUUAAAUGAAGGGAAGUUCCCCGUCACUUCUCAGUGUGUAACUUUGCUCUCACAGUAUUAAUUGUCACUUCAAUAAAUGAGCAUGUGCAUGUUCA